AAAGAUUCGAAGUAUCGUGAGAACUGCAUAGAAUCACGUCAAAAUCGGAGGACGUUUGGCAUAUAUACUAAUUCAUUAUUACUUCUUGAUGUAUUGUACAUGAUGUGAACGUCUCAUUCUUAAGCUAUGCGCUACUUUACUCUCUAAUGAUGAAGUAUGGAGUUGGAAAAUAUUGUUGCAAAUACGGUGUAUAUAAAGGCUAAACGAAGUAAGGUAUAUGGUAAAAUGUUUCACGUCAGGUGGAGCUGAUGGAGACAAAGGUCGAAGCAGAAAGUGGAAAACAUUACUAGCCUUCCCUCACAUAUCUAAUUGUUUAUACUUGAAGAACUGUUUAGAUUUGAGUUAUGAUUUUAUUGUGGAGCAGCAACCGAUUGGAAAGAGACUGUUUCGGUUGUUCUGUAGGAGCAAUAAUUUCAUUUCGGAUGUCGUUGAUUUUGUGGAUUCUAUUAACACAUUUGCGGUGUGCAUUCCUAACGAACGUCAAAAGAUUGGGUUGGAAAUCUACCGCAGGUUUCUCUCAGACAUGAGUGGCAAAAGGUUCCAUGAGCUUGGAAACAUUGACGAUAACUCAGUGUUAAAUGCUCUAGAGGAGUCCAAUGACGCUUAUCCUGACAAAGAACUCUUUCGUUCAAUCCUCAAGAUCCUUGAAGAUUUCUUACGAAAUUCACCAUUUUCUGAAUUUCUAAAUUCAGUCUACUUUAAUCGCUAUCUUCAAUGGAAAUGGCUAGAAAAAACACCAGUCACCAAACACACCUUUCGAAUGUACCGAGUCUUAGGCAAAGGGGGAUUCGGAGAGGUGUGUGCCUGUCAAGUUCGGGCAACUGGGAAGUUAUACGCUUGCAAGAAAAUGGAGAAGAAACGCAUGAAAAAACGUCAUGCAGAAAAUAUGGCCAUGAUGGAAAAGGAAACAUUACAACGAGUCAAUUCUCGCUUUGUGGUCAAUCUGGCGUAUACAUUUGAAACUAAAGAUGCUUUGUGCCUAGUUCUUACAAUUAUGAACGGUGGUGAUCUAAAAUUUCAUAUACAUAAUAUGAAUAAUGGCAGUGGUUUCAAUGAGAAUCGAGCAAGAUUUUAUGCUGCGGAAAUCACUUUAGGUUUACAACAUAUGCAUACACAAAAUAUUGUUUAUCGUGAUUUAAAACCAGAAAACAUUUUGAUUGAUGAUCAAGGACAUGUUAGAAUUUCGGAUCUUGGCUUGGCCGUAUAUAUUGAACCUGGCGGUACAGCUAAAGGAAGAGUUGGAACAGCUGGUUAUAUGGCACCUGAAGUAGUCAUGAAUACGCGUUAUACAUUCAGUCCCGAUUGGUUUGGAUUAGGUUGUAUUGUUUAUGAAAUGAUUAUGGGACAAGCACCGUUUCGUCGACGUAAAGAACGUAUUCGACGUGAAGAAGUUGAUCGUCGUGUAUGUGAGGAUACAGAAGAAUAUAAUUAUAAAUUUUCAGAUAAUUCAAAAAGAUUUUGUCAGUCUCUUUUACAAAAAGAUCCACAUUGUCGACUUGGUUGCGAUGAUGCUGGUCCCGAAGGUGUUAAACAUCACAACUGGUUUUCUUGUAUCAAUUGGGUACGUUUAGAGGCUGGACUUGAGGAUGCACCAUUUCUUCCUGAUCCUCAUGCAGUUUACGCAAAGGAUGUUUUAGAUAUUGAACAGUUCUCUACAAUUAAAGGUGUUACUUUAGACAAUAAAGAUAUGGAAUUUUAUAAAAAGUUUUGUUCUGGUGCUGUCAGUAUACCAUGGCAGAAUGAAAUGUUAGAAACUGGUUGCUUCGAUGAUCUAAAUGAAUUUUAUAAAUCUGAUGGAACUUUAGUAGAUAAUUUAAAUCCAGAUACUCCACCUGUUCAACAAAACUCCACUCAUAGUCAAAGUUUUUUCAGUAGAUUGUUUAAGCGUAAACACCGACCUCAUGGUCCGCCUAUCGAUGAUAAUCAACCAAUAAUUAAUAAUAAUAAUAACCCAGUAGACACUGAAGAACAAAUAACAACAAGUGGUGUUUCAUCGGGAUUAGAAAAGCUUAAUAAAUCUGGUUUAUCAAGUGCUGAAACCAAGUUUUCAAGUAAAGAACAUUCAUUUAAACAAGAAAAUAUUGUUAAAUCCGAUUGUUUAACAUCUAUAUCAACUAAUACACAAUGUACUCAGAAUGAUAUAAAGAAUGAUGAUUUUCUUACAACAAAAACACCAAUAUCUAUAACAACUAAUAGUCAUUAUAGUGUGGAUUCUAGCGCUGUAUCUCAUAAAAUUAUCAAUUCAAAGCAUCAACGUCCACAUUUUUGUACUUGUUUCUCAGCUCUAUGCUGUUCUCGUACGAAAUAAUUUCUAUGUGGCUUUUGAUUUUUUUUUUUGAUAGACAAAAAUCAUUGUCUUCAUCUGUAUGUUUACAAGUCUACUGUUAAUCAAUUAUUUUCUGUAUUGAAUUAACUAUAUUCAACUGUUAAUUGAAUAAGUUAUCUUCUAAUAUUUCCUGUUACUUUUCUAUUUUCUCAAAAAACGGGGGGGGGGCAUCCUUUUUAAUGAUGGAUCGAAUUUCCUCGUAUUUAAUGGCAUUUAUAUAUUUCGAAUAACCUUAACUUCUAGAUCAUCAUCAAUGAGAAUUUUUACAGUUUUCAAACAAAAAUUCACUUCAAAUUUUGUAAUUUUAUUCAAAUUCAAUCCAUUUUGUUUCAUAUGAUAGACCGCAUUUUUAUUGGUAAGUGUACAAUUAAGCAAGAAAAUGAAACAAUAUAAUAAUUGGUCUUUCUUAUUUUUAUUUUAUUAUUAUUAUUAUUAAUGAUGAUGAUAGGCAUAUUCUGUUACGUACCUGCUUACUUGCUUAAUUGUUCGCUUCCUUAUGUUUAUUUGUAUAAAUUUAUCUUAUAAAUAAUUAGCGCCUGAUCCUAUCUGUCCUAUUUAUUUACAAAUCAAUUUUAACCUCCAAAAAUGUUGUUUUAUUUAUUUCUAUUUUGUAAACACUAUUUAAUUUGUCUACUUAAUGUAGAAUCCAUUUCAACUUUGAACAGUUACAUAUGUCUGAUGACCUACAUUUUAAUUUAAUGCAAAAAUAAAUAGUUAUUAUUUUUCUUUUGUUGGCAAUAUUUACAUUACUGCAAUCCUAGAUUAUUCAGACUUCCGUCUUAAUUUUUUUUUUGGAAUUUUAUUUUCUACCUUUUCAUCAAACUUAAACCAACUGAUAGACCGAUUAAUCAACCAGUCAAUUAAUAGGAUGUAUUUCAAUUUGUUUUCAUUUGUUUCUUGAACAUUGAACUGAACAGAGGCAAUCCACCUUGAUAUUUUCUUUCUACUUCUUCAUAAAUGUAUGUCAUACACACAUACAUAUGGAAAUGUUAACCUUAACUUUUGAUUUGUAAUAAUUUUUGCUCUAUUUGGUUGUAUACUGUCUGUUACAGUAUUACUGACUUGACUACCUUGUUCACAAUGCUGCUCACACACACACACACACAUAAACCCACUACUACAAUUGCCCAUCGCUUGUGUUAAUUUUUGAACACAGUGCGAAGUUUUAUUUUAUUUUAUAUCCUGUAAUUUGUUUGUUUGUUUACUGCCACCCCAUGGGGCUUUCUCAUUUUCGUUUCAUGUAGAUAUUUUUUAUUUACUAUAAAAAAAAGCAAACUGGGAUCCCGGUUUCUUCAUCUGCUUUUUUGCUAUCUCUUCUCUUUGACCAUCUCGAUCUAAUUACGCUUUUUUACUUAUUUUAUGCAUUUCUUUUUAUAAAUGGUUCCAUGUAGGCAGGGUGGGGAAAGGUCAACUUUGUGUGUGAUGACUUUUCAUAUUGAAUUGUAAAUAAUGCAUAUAUUGUGUAAAAAUAAGCAAAUAAAUUUUGUGUUGUUUUUACUUAUGCAUUGCUCUUUUUUGGAGUAUAUUUUUGUGCAUGUAUAUGUAUGUACACAUGCUUUUCGUGUUCUAAUUACAGAACAAAAAGGAUAUUUUACCCAGCCUUUGUUUUCCUUUCUAAUUUAUCCUUGAAACAGUAAUCUAAUUAAGAAGAGUUUUUACAAAGAAGAAGAAUGUAACAACAUAAAUGAGUUCAAUUAGGAUUAUAAUUUUCGUUAGAAUCAUGAAUCGAUGUAAGUUAGAUCACCAUUGAAGACCUGGAAGCGCCGGUCACCCAUUUCAUUCUAGUAUAGGACCUCUCUACAGUGCAUAUUCAUGACCUCGCAACCGGGAAUCGAACCCAAGACUUUCAGUCUCGCGUGCAAACGCUUGAUUUGUAGACCGCUGAGCAAGCAUCCAAUAGUGUUAAAUGUGAUUGUUUAUCAUUUGUAUGUUUAUAAUAAUUUAUUUUGGAUGUUAAUCAUUAUCAGAUUAACAGUUAAUUUUGAUUGUUAACAUCUAUUAAAAUAUGUACUCA